AUGUUCCGCAACGUCCUUCCCCGGGCCACGCCGCGGGCUGCGCUCCGCGCUGCCGGCCCCAAGGCCAUUCCCUCGACCUUCGUCGCUCCCCCUAUGGUCUUCAUUGGCCGCUCAAGACGUGGUUACGCUUCUGAAGCCGCCGAGCAUGAUCUGGUUAUCAUCGGAGGUGGUGUCGCUGGCUACGUUGCUGCGAUCAAGGCUGGUCAGGAGGGUCUGAAGACUGUCUGUAUCGAGAAGCGCGGUACCCUUGGUGGCACUUGCUUGAACGUCGGCUGUAUCCCCUCCAAGUCCCUCCUCAACAACUCCCACCUCUACCACCAGAUUCUCCACGACACCAAGAAGCGCGGUAUUGAGGUCGGCGAUGUCAAGCUGAACCUCGCUCAGAUGCUCAAGGCCAAGGAUCAGUCCGUUGAGGGUCUGACCAAGGGUGUUGAGUUCCUGCUGAAGAAGAACGGUGUCGAUUACGUCAAGGGUGCCGGUUCCUUCGUUGAUGCCAACACCGUCAAGAUCGACUUGGUCGAUGGUGGUGAGCAGACCGUCCGCGGCAAGAACAUUAUCAUUGCCACUGGCUCUGAGGCCACUCCUUUCCCCGGUCUGAACAUUGAUGAGAAGCGCAUCAUCACCAGCACUGGCGCUCUUUCUCUCCAGGAGGUCCCCAAGAAGAUGGUUGUCAUUGGUGGUGGCAUCAUCGGCCUGGAGAUGGCCUCUGUCUGGUCUCGUCUCGGUGCUGAGGUUACUGUUGUCGAGUUCCUCGGCCAGAUUGGUGGUCCCGGCAUGGAUGCCGAAAUUGCCAAGCAGACCCAGAAGAUCCUCGCCAAGCAGGGCAUCAAGUUCAAGACCGGUACCAAGGUCGUCAAGGGUGAUGACAGCGGUUCCCUCGUGUCUCUGAGCCUCGAGGCCGCGAAGGGCGGCAAGGAGGAGACCCUGGACGCUGAUGUUGUCCUGGUCGCCAUCGGUCGUCGUCCCUACACUGAGGGUCUUGGUCUGGAGAACGUCGAGAUCGACAAGGACGACCGUGGUCGUCUGGUCAUUGACCAGGAGUUCCGCACCAAGGUCCCCCACAUUCGUGUCGUUGGUGACGUUACCUUCGGCCCCAUGCUGGCUCACAAGGCCGAGGAGGAGGCCGUUGCCGUCAUUGAGUACAUCAAGAAGGGUCACGGUCACGUGAACUACGCUGCCAUCCCCAGUGUGAUGUACACUCACCCCGAGGUCGCCUGGGUUGGCCAGAACGAGGCUGAGGUCAAGGCCUCCGGUGUCAAGUACAACGUCGGCUCUUUCCCCUUCAGCGCCAACUCCCGUGCCAAGACCAACCUUGACACUGAGGGUGUUGUCAAGUUCAUCGCCGAUGCCGAGACCGACCGCAUUCUGGGUGUCCACAUCAUCGGACCCGGUGCUGGUGAGAUGAUCGCCGAGGCCACUCUGGCUAUCGAAUACGGUGCCUCCUCCGAGGAUGUUGCCCGCACAUGCCACGCCCACCCCACUCUCUCCGAGGCCUUCAAGGAGGCUGCCAUGGCCACCUACUCCAAGCCCAUCCACUUCUAG